AUGCUGAAAAUGACACAAAUGCACCAAUAGAACCUGGUAAACCAAGAUGGUGUGUGGCAAAGCCAGAUACGGUUGAUGACAAAUUAAAGUUGAUGAUCGCCUUGGCUUGUAAGAAUAAACAAGUGGAUUGCUCUGCGCUUCAAGUAGGAGGUCCCUGUCUUGACCCCACCAAUUUGCGAGGUCAAGCUUCUUUCGUCAUGAAUCAAGAGUUUGUAACACUCGACAGCUCAGAUGCUCGAUCAUGUUAUAUGGGUGGAAUUGGCAUGAUCGUCACCACCGAUCCUAGUGUUACGGUAACUGCAAAUUUCCUCCACGCACCGAUUAGACAAAAAUUAUGCACAAGCCAAAUAUAUAUCACACACAUUUAAUUUUAUUUUUUUACAUGUCGUAUAAUUGUGGCAUAGUUUUGUUUCUCUCUUUGUCUCUUUUACUUGUUAUAUUAUAUUAAUAAUUCUACGGAAUAAGUAAGAAUUGAGUACAAAAACUUAUGGAAUGUCAUAUGAAUGUACCCA